AAACUAGAUAAUGAAACCGGCUCUGACUGUGCUACUAACACCAAGGUCAGAUUAUUCGGUAUAAAAAAAAUUGUGUUUUGUCUCAGAUAAACCCAUCAGCUCCGUGUUAGUGAACGUUCUAUUAAAUCGCAUCUAGUUGUGUUUACCCGGGUGACACUUUCUUAACAAAAUGUUGAGGAGCGCGAUAAAACUGCAUAAGAUUGGUGUAAAGUUUAUUUCUACCAACCCUUCUAAAAGAACUACAGAGUCCAUAAGUAUUUCUAAGAGAGACGACUACUACAAGAAUCUAGGUGAUUCCGGGGAAAAAAAUGACCUGAAACCACCAGGAUGGGACGAAGCUCUGCCGUACGAGUCCAUUCCAGGGCCUAAACCUCUUCCGCUUAUUGGGAAUAUGUGGAGGUUCAUGCCGUACAUAGGAGAGUUCAGUGACAUGCCUCAAACAGAUAUGUAUCAAAUAUUAAAAAAUAAGUAUGGCAACAUUGUCAGCCUUAAAGGAAUACCUGGAAGAAAUCCCGUGGCUAUACUCUUUGAUGUUAAUGAUAUGGAAAUUGCUCUCAGAAAUGAAGGACCAUUUCCUCUAAGAACGGUUGCAGAAUCUGUAACAUAUUAUCGUCUGGAAAUAAGAAAAGAUGUUUUUGGUGGAGUUGGAGGAUUGGCAAGUGUUCAAGGAGAAGAGUGGUUUAAAAUCAGAUCGGUAGUAAACCCAAUCUUAAUGCAGCCUAGGACAAUUCAACAGUAUGUGGGAAGUAUGGAUAAAGUCGCCCACGAAUUGGUUGAUAAUAUUCGCUAUUUCUCGAAACAAAAUGAAAAUAAUGAAAUGCCGGACGAUUUCCAGGGCGAGUUAUAUAAGUGGGCAUUGGAAUCAGUUGGACUGGUCGCACUCGAUAGGCAUUUAGGAUGUCUACAUUUAAAUGCCCCCAAGGAUUCCGAGCCACAGCAGUUUAUAUCCAAAGUAAAUGAUAUGUUUGUACUUAUGUAUCAGUUAGACUUUCUCCCACCAAUAUGGAAAUUCAUCUCAACACCCGCACUUAAACGUUACGUCAAAAUUUUGGACUAUAUAACUGACACAACACUUAAAUAUAUAGAAGAAUCUUUGAACAGGUCUAUUGCAGAAAAUAUACCAGACGAUCAACUCAGUGUGACCCAAAGACUGGCCAAAAUAGAUAAAAGGAUUGCUGUUGCUACGGGCAUGGAUAUGUUGAUAGCUGGGAUAGAUACGACAGGAAAAACGUUGGCUACCCUGUUGUACUUCCUUGCAAAAAAUCCAGACAAACAGCAGUGUCUCCGAGAGGAGCUAUUGAAAAAUCUUCCAAAAAAAAAUUCACCAGUCACCAAAGAGGUUUUGAAUAAAUCGCCAUAUCUUAAGGCAGCAAUCAAAGAAUCGAGCAGGAUAGCUCCAACAGCUAUAGGAAAUUUGAGGACAACCGUAAAGGAUUUGGUCCUUGCAGGCUAUCAAAUCCCAAAGGGUACUGAUGUCAUGACCAUGCAUCUCCUUAGUUCCAAUUCGGAUGAAAUAUUCAAAGAUGCUGCUAAAUUUAUUCCUGAGAGGUGGCUUCGAGCAACAGAAGACCAAUACUCAACUAAAAACGUGCAUUCCUUUGCAUACAUGCCUUUCGGCUUCGGACCUAGGUCAUGCGUUGGCAAGCGCUUGGCCAAUUUGGAAUUAGAAGUAGCGACAGCGAGGAUUAUAAGGAAUUUUGAACUUUCAUGGCCUCACGAAGAUAUGACAUUUUCUGGAAAUUUACUAUAUGGAAUCACGAAACCUCUUAAACUCAGAGUAAAGGAGCUCUAAUAUAGUUAUAUUGGAUUAUGUGAUAUUUGUAAGGUAAUAUAAAAGUCAGAGAAAAUUCCCCUGCCCUAUUUUCUUCAUUAUUUUUUUUAGAAAAGGUAUAAUGUUUUAAAAUAUAGAAAACCUUUCAAUAUUUGGCUGCAAAAAAAAUCGAUUAUCGUAUUACAGACCCAGAUGUAAUAUGACUUUUGAAUAUUUGAGAUCUAUCUUUAACAAUAAGGAAAAUAUGGUAGAACGAGUGCAUAUAUGUACUUAUAAAAACUACUGUAAUAUUUAUCCUAAUAAAAGCAUUCUAUUCAAAUUUCUAAAAAUAUACAGAGUACCCUUUACGUAUAUAUUUAUAUAUAAAAUGUACCUAUACAGGGUGAUUCAGAAC